AUGUCGUUGAAAGCCAGGGAGAUCUUCGACCAGUUUGCGUCGUUCGACCCCGUGUCCAACAAGAAGUUCCUCUCGUUGCCCGAGUUCGUGUCGAUUUUGGCGCCUUUCCCCAACGACAUCUCUCCACUGUCGUACUCGUUGCUUUACUUGAUUGCAGACAGAAACAAGAAGGGCUAUGUGGACGAAGACGACUUCGUGCACUUCACCACGACGUUGACCCAGAAGGACGGUGAGUUCAAGUUGUUGUUCAACUUGUUGGCCAAUGACGACAAGAAGUUGACCUACGACCGCUGCAUCGACAUGUUGACCGCCCUCAACAAGGCCGCAGACCCAAAUUAUCAGCCCAAGAGGUUUAAGGCCAACUGGGCGUACUUGGAGCGCUUUUUCGCUCCCAACGGCGAGAUCAACUUCCAGGAUUUCGUGUCGUUGGUCAAUUACUUGCCUGUGACGAAGUUGAUUGGUGGUUUUGAGGUGAGAGCCGGCAGAGGCGGCGUUAUCUCCAAGGACGACUUUUACCACUUGUUGCAGACCAACUUGAGCCAUAAGUUGUCGGUGAAAUUGCGCAAGAACUUGGCCUCGUUGCCCGAAUUCUUCAACCAGGACACCUUCACCCUUCUGAACGUGUUGUUCGUGUACAAUUGCUUGAACAAGCUCGAUUUGAUCAACGAGGUCAUUGCCAACACCCCUCCAACUACAAAGGACAAGGCGGAUAUCUUGAUCAACAAGGUGGACUUGUACAACCACUUGAACGACCACCUCUUGAAGUCGCUGAACUUCAAGCCCAUCACCACCGUGGAGAUCGACUUGUUGUUCUACUUGAUCAACAGAAAUGAAGAAACUAUCCCCAGAAGAGAGUUGAUCUCCUUCUUGAACCCCAACUACCUCAAUAACGAGCCUACCUUGUACUCGAUCUUCGACCACCCUGCAGCCCAGCCCGUCAAGGAUGACAACUUCUCCUUGUGGCCGAUCUUCGACUCCUUGUACUCGUUCUUCUUGGGCUCAAUAGCAGGGUGUAUUGGUGCCACUGUGGUGUACCCUAUAGACUUGGUCAAGACAAGAAUGCAGGCCCAGAAACACAAGGCACUUUAUGACAACUCUUUCGACUGUUUUAAGAAGAUUCUUAGAAAAGAGGGUUUCAAGGGCUUGUACUCCGGUUUGGCUGCCCAAUUGGUUGGUGUGGCUCCUGAAAAGGCCAUCAAGUUGACCGUCAAUGACUUGGUCCGUGGAAUUGGCUCUAAUGACGAUGGCUCCAUCACCAUGGGCUGGGAAAUCGCCGCGGGCUCGUCUGCUGGUGCCUGUCAAGUCAUCUUCACUAAUCCUUUGGAAAUCGUGAAGAUUAGAUUGCAAAUGCAGGGCGGCAAAGCCAAGGAGUUGAAACCAGGUGAAAUUCCUCACAAGAGAUUGACUGCCGCUCAGAUCAUCAGACAAUUGGGUUUGAAAGGUCUCUAUAAGGGUGCCAGCGCCUGUUUGUUGAGAGACGUGCCCUUCUCGGCCAUUUACUUCCCCACCUACGCCAACAUCAAGUACCACUUGUUCAACUACGACCCUAACGACCCUAAUAAGAGACACUCGCUCAAUACAUGGCAGUUGUUGCUUUCGGGUGCUUUGGCAGGCGCCCCAGCGGCUUUCUUCACCACUCCAGCCGAUGUCAUCAAGACGAGGUUGCAGGUUGAGGCCAAGCAGGGCGAAGUCAAAUAUAGAGGCAUUUUCCAUGCAUUUGGUCUCAUAUUGAAGGAAGAGGGAGUCUCUGCGUUCUUCAAGGGUUCCUUGGCCAGAGUGUUCAGAUCGUCGCCUCAAUUCGGUUUCACCUUGGCCUCCUACGAGUUGUUGCAGAGAUUAUUCCCCUUGCAUCCCGUUAACACAAGAGAAUCCAACUUCAAGGCCAUCUCGGGCUACCCCGGCGUGUACAACUUGACUAAUGAGCAAGUUUACGGCCAGCAGCUGAGAAUAAUGUACCUCAAUCAGGAUAAGUUGUUCCAGCAGCACGGCUUGGCAGCUCCAGGUAAGGACUUGAGCAACGCAUUGAUCAAGUUGCCUGCUGACUAUGUGUACAAGUCGCUGGAUGCGGUGAAGUUGUUAUUAGACCUUGACUACAAGUUUGGCAAUUUCGACUACAACUCGUACUCACGCUUCAUCAAACAUUAA